AUGUGCACGCUUGCUUUGGAUGGCAAGCUAUAUCGUGCCCCCUUGAAGGAAGGCAUAACGAAAGCGGUUGACAUUGGAUGUGGCACAGGCAUUUGGGCCAUUGACUUUGCAGACGAGUUCCCCGAGUGCCAGGUCAUCGGUACGGAUCUGUCGCCAAUUCAACCCGGUUGGGUGCCCCCGAAUCUCGAAUUCCAGCUGGAUGACGCCAAUGAGUACUGGACAUGGCCCGAUAAUACUUUUGAUUACAUUCACAUGCGCGCAAUGUUCGGCUCUAUCGUUGACUGGAAAGCCCUUUACCAGGAGGCUUUCCGAUGCUGUAAGCCAGGUGGAUACUUUGAAGACUACGAAAACUCCAUCAAAAUUGAUAGCGACGAUGGCUCUGUGUUUCCUGGCAGCCCCUUUGAUCAAUGGACGAAAGUUUUCUGGGAGGGUGGAAGCAAAUUCGGUCGAACCUUUCGUGUAGUCGAAGAUGACAUCCAGAAGAAGUACAUGGAAGAAGCAGGAUUUGUUGAUGUCACUGUAUGGGAAUUCAAGGUACAGAUCAGACUGUCUUGCAACCAGCCGCUUUGA